GUAAAAUAUUCAUUUGUAAUCUUACUCCAUUCUUCAAUUAUCUAAGACCACUUCAAAUGAUAGUUAACAUUUAAGAAGUCGGUAUUUCUUCUGCUUUAUGAGAGAAAUGUAAUAUAAAUUUAAUAGAUCUCACUUGUAUUUUGGUUUGACUCAAACACAAGUUCUGGGUAUGUUUUUAUGAUUUCUUUGGCUGAAAUUGCAAUAUCCAGUACCAAAUAAUCUGACAUGCUUAUUCAUUCAUAUUACUAAGAGAUUGUACUCAAAAUUAUCAUUCAAAAACUCGGGGGAAUAAAGACAAAAAAAAUGAAAAAAUAAACGAUUGUAGUGUAUAAAUGAUAUCAAGAAACUUGCAUUGAAUAAUAAAUGUUUGCUAAAACUCGUGUAUCAGUGUUCAUUUGAAAGCUUAGGAACAUGGCAAAACACAUCAAUGUAUAAAGGUGCUAUAAAAUGGAGAAAAAUGUUGAACUUGCAAGUUGUAACAAAACAUAUCGUACCACCACCAAGCAUUUUAGCUUUUACGGACUGUCUUGCAAGCACAGAAGAGGAAGAAGAUCAAACAACACGCACGCUCCCCAUUGUCACCUGUUACCACUUAUUCGUUGCAGGACUGUUGAUAUGAUUGCUUGAACAUUUUCAGCCGAAAUGACUUGGUUGUCCAGGCAAGAUUUCGGCGAAGACUGCAUACUCUGGAUGACCAGCAACAUAGAAUGAGAAGAAAGUCUUUUUCUGAGUAACACUUUACCUGCCUUUGAUGCAAUUUUCAAAUAUUGGUUUUGUAUCGAAACAAAAUCGGUAUGCGAUUCGACUAGUGCAAAAUGUCUAUGCUUUGGGCACUUUUGAUUAUAUCGUGCUCGUUUGUCAAAAGUGAAAUAGUGGAUGUCAAUGGAAUCAAACAGGAGCUCAAGAUCUGGUUAUCAAGUGCUUUACGCGAUCUUGAGCGUCUGAAGCCACCGCAACAAAGUAACUUGUGCCCUAACUUUAUCGGAUCUACUUCAUACCAUGAAUGGACGCUUCUCAAUAUUUUGGACACGGAACAGUUCAGUUUCGAUGGCAUUGUGGAAGAAAACGGAAAACCCGUUGGUUCGGGAACGUUGACAAAAUUAGCAAAAAAUGAGCAAGAGAUUGUUUGUUUCAAAUCGAUGUGUCAUUGCGACAUCCAAUCGGUUACAGGCAAUUUUAGCCAUGGGUUAGUCAAUGGAAAAGGUCGAAUCAUAUACCAGGAUGGACGCUCCUUGAAGACGUCUUUUAAUUCGUCUGUACCCUUCGGAGGCUUUCUCAUGACUGAUAAGAAGAACCGGCAUUUCUCUAUCGGUGUCUUCGACAAGGGUCAAAGAGUUGGUAAUCUAUGGUUUCACGAUUACCGAACUGGUCAUAGAUUUUAUGGUUCUGCCAAUGGUCAAGGUUGUUUCUUUUUGGCUUCAUCUGUGAUCUGCGGCUCAAUGCAAGACUUUCUUCUGAGAGAUGGUCAUAAAUGCACAAACUUCUGGAAUACUCGGAAUGAGAUCGGAAUGAUGGAAAUAUCUCCCAUUCAAUGUGAAACGGACUCCAAAGCCUUAAAUUUUGGUAACGCCACCAACUUUCAAGCCAAGGAAGACCGACUUUCUGCACAACUCCUGUGGCUCCAUUUGAAAUACCUCAAAAAGCCGGAAUCCAUUUUUCUGAAUGGUCUAACCCUGGAAAAAAAUGCCUCCAAAUCCCAAAGACUUAUCACAAAUAUGGAGGAGGUGUCUCUUCAAUCAAUUCAAUGCAAAGGAAAGUUGGAUCUCUUUCAACUCCCUAAAAACUCUGUCAUGGAACAUCUUGGACUGAGUUAUCCUGGAUCUGGCUCUAAAUGGAUCUUUCAAAGUAUCUCAUUGUUCACUGGGAUCAAGGAUUGCUAUCUUUGGCUUGAACAUGAGCCUUUGUACGAGAGGAGAUCAGCCUCAAUAAUCAAAUCCCAUCAUCAAAGAGCCGAAAUGUAUCAAAAGAUAACUCCAGAUGUGAAUAGAAAAAGUGAAACAAUGGUCUGGCGAUUGGACCACAUUUACAAUUUCGGUGGUCGAGCUAUCAUAUUGGUUCGGAAUCCUUACGAUUCGAUUUUGGCCCAUUGGAACCACGUUUUGGCGGGAGAACUGGAAUUAGCUCGAGAAUAUUUGAAGACAUUACAUUCGGAACAGUUUUUGAACUUUGUUAAAAUCGAGAUCAAAUUGUGGCUGGAAAUUCUCCUCGAUUGGAUCCCUAUUUCUUCGCGUGUUAUGAUCCUUCAUUUCGAAGAAUUCAAAAGAGAUGUGUCCAAAGAGCUCUUGAGAGUGAAUAAAUACUUGGGACUUGAGCCGGAUCUCACUCGGUUAGCAUGUGUCUCAACUUUAGAGAACUCGUUGUGGCAGCGGAAGAAGAGGCCAAAAGUAAAACGAAAAAACUUUCCUUUGGAGAUCAUUAACCUGUUUGAUGAUACCAUUGAUCAGGCUAGGUUAUUGUUGAAAGAAUAUGGAUUUGAAGACCUACCCACUGACCAAUACAAAAUCUAUCGCAAGCCAUGAUUGAUCAAUCUUGAAAAUAAACUCGGACUGAUUUCA